AUGCUCGGAUACCUUUCACUCGCCGCUUGCAUUGCUCUCGCAUUUGCCGCAUCUGCUCAAGAUGAUUUAAAAAGUGCGGUGAACGAGGUUACAACCACCAAGGAUGGCGACGUUUACUGCCCGGUGCCGUUGGUUGGAACCCAUUGUGGAACUGCGUCGCCUUUCCACUACUAUGAAUGCUGCGGAAAUGUCAACAAGGAUUGCUGUUUCAAGCUUCAGACUUGGGUUUGGGUUGUGAUUGCUGUGAUUAGCGUCAUCGUCAUCGCCUCGGUGAUUCUCUCGGUCGUCCGCUGCAUCUGCUGUUCUCGAUAA